UGAAUAUGAACAACAUGGAACUUCGGUCUAGCAGGUCUAGGUCUAAAACUCCAUUUUUGACUCAAAAUUUUAUCAGUGACGAGGUUGUUGAGGCUGGAAAUCAUGUAGAAAAAACUGUUACUCGGAGCACUCGAAGAACUACUAUUUACAAGACUAGCGAAGGCGCUACCAGUUCAACCGAACAAUCGAUUUAUUCAAAGCCAAUAAAAAAAACAGCAACGCGGUCAGAGAGAUCGCUAAGGAGCGGAUUGUUUAAAACAUCGGAUUAUUCGUCAGAGGACGGCGAGAACGAAGUCAGUUCGACAAAAACCAUCAGCCAAAACGAAAAGAAUCAAUUGAUAGAAGAUGCGCGAUCUGCGGCAAUUAACGGUGACAUGCCGGCAUUGGAAUUGUAUAAGAAGUCUGGACGAUAUUGGGAGGUUUAUCCCAAAACCGACUGGACCUACUCUUAUCACUCUAAAGAUCGUGUCGAAAUUGCCCCGGGGGUGGUGGCUAUGCCAAACAUGUCGCGCAAAACUAUACACGCUUUGGACGAAUCGUCAAGCAAUAAACUGUAUUCGGAACACGUUUCCCACAAAAAUGUGAGCACGGAAGAUUCAUAUUUGGCAAGACACACCAACCGAAAGAGUGUGUUCAACAAUAAUCAACAGGAUUACGAAAUCAAAAGACAAAAGUACAGCCGUUGGUCUAUAAUAAAAAACACAACAGUCGCCAUUUUAACGUCGGUCAUCACCAUUCUAACGUCGAUUGUUGAGGUGUUUUACUAUACCUACAGGGUACAGACAAAUUUGUUGUCGAAGGUACACAACUUGGCCGGCAGAGUGAUGUUGUUCGACACGUGGUUGUUGUGGAAGACGAGACCCGGAAACAAGGCUACCAAAUUGGCGUUACUUUGUUUGAUUCCAUUGUUGCUAUUUGGCGGUUGGUGGCUGCUUUCGGGCCUUGGCAGCGUUCUUUACGCGACCUUUUCAAAUUCCAUGCCGCUUACCACCGGAAAUUUAGUUGCGGAGAUACACCCUUCCUCUUCCGAUCUGCGUUCUAAUUCGGACAGCGGCGAAAAAAAAAUACAGGAAAAUGGAGAAAAUUACAUAGAUCUGUCCGACGAACAGGUCGAACUAAUCGCUCGAACCAUAAAAAGUUCGUUCCAUUCGGACACGAACAGGCAAAUCAACACGGACGAAUUGGUCCGCAGAAUAGUCGAAAACCAUAAUUUUCACACCUUCGUCGACGAGGAAGUUCUGGGGAAACAGCGGGCGUCGAUUGACGCCCUGACCAAAGAAAUUAAAAACAUGAAACGGGACACGGAGAAGCUCAGUGUCGAGAUGAAGCGGUGUUGUAAAAAAUCAGUCAUCAAUACCGAGAGCUAUGUCAGCAGAGUGGUGACUGACCUAAUAAACAAUCCCGAUUUUUUGCGAAACCAAAAGGGUCUGAACGACUGGUUGGAAUCGCUUUUUGUAGCGAAAGAAGCGCUCGAACAACGUCUCGCCAACGUAACCCUUAACGUGGAUUCGAAGACUGCCGAAUUGGUGCGGGAGAACGGCAAGAUCCUGAUGGACCGCGUAGCUGCGAGUUUAUCGGACGUCAAUAAAUUGAACGUCGAUUACAGCAGCGGGUCUAUUGACGAGGAUCAAAUCAAAAGAAUAGUGCGGGACGUUUUAGCGGUUUACGACGCUGACAAGACCGGUUUGGUCGACUACGCGAUGGAAACUAUGGGCGGGCAAAUUGUUACAACCCGCUGUACCGAAACUUAUCAUCACGGUAAAGCGGUGGUAUCCGUGUUGGGUAUUCCGCUUUGGUAUCCCGUCAACUCGCCUAGAAACGUCAUCACGCCGGGCAUUAAUCCGGGAGAUUGUUGGGCGUUCCAGAAUUUCCCCGGCUUCGUGGUUAUAAAAUUGUCCGGCAUGGUCGAGCUCGAAGCGUUUUCUCUUGAACAUAUCAGUAAACUGCUCGUGCCGGACGGUAGGAUCGAUUCCGCGCCCAGGGAUUUCGAGGUAUACGGCCUGACCGGGGAAAACGAAAAAGAGCCCGUGAAAUUGGGAUCGUACACGUACAAUUACGACGGCGAUCCAUUGCAGUUCUUUGCGGUAGAAGGUGAACGUCGCGUAUUUGGCAUGAUCGAAUUGAGGGUUACCUCUAAUCACGGUAACCCUAACUACACGUGCUUGUACCGGUUUAGGGUCCACGGCAAGCCCUACCGCGAUGAACAGGUCAGGUGAGACGUUAGACUUUAUUUUUCCGACGCAAUUGGUGAUAGUUGUAUACCCACACGUUGUUUUUGAAAUGCUACAGAUUCUCGUAAUGGGUCAGAUAAAGUGUAAGAAGCGCAAGUUUGUGAUUAACUGUGGGCGAUAAAAUAAUGACGAUGGUACUCGACUAAGACGAUUACAACAUGAUUAUAAAAAAAAAAACUUUCAAGCAAAAAUAGAGCGCGUUGAACAUGCAAAUUAUGAGUGUAAAAAAAGCUUUCACCGAUUUGCAGUAUAAGUCGCCAAUAGUUCGGAUCUUAAGAUGAAUAAAUUUUUGUGGUUGGUUGCGGAUCAUGGCAACAAAAAUAACAUUUUUAGUUAACAUCUUAAAGUUUUCGCAACUUACAUCAUAAACUUCAUAAAAAAAAUUCUUCAGUUUAAAAGUUUCACCAAAGAUUUUCUCACUAAUGGGUUUAUAGCGAUUCUUAUAAUAUUUCGAGCUAAAGUGUUUGUACUUAAUAGGAUGUAGAUAUAUUUUUCAUAUUAAUUUAAAUCUUGUUUUUAUAUAUAUUUAUUAAGUUAGUUUUAAGGUCUUAUAAGGUGUUUCAUUUUUUUCUAACGAAAACUACUAGUCAGACCUUUUUCACCUUGUUUACUGGUAGCCCACUCGGUGAAAUGUAAUUUUAGAUCUAAGGUACGCAAUGAGCUAGUCCUAGUGGUAUUUGCCCUACAUUGACGCUGUAUUGAUGAUAAACUUGUUUUGUUUGUUUUCUGAGAUAGAGUACAAAUAUUUUAAUGACUUGAACGGAAAUAAUAGCGCCAUGUCAUUUUUUUGAAUCUUUUUUGUUUUAUGUUUGUCACUUUUAUGGAGAUUUGGGAUGAAAUUGGUUGUACCCCAUAGUAUUUCUCGUUUAAGGCGUGGUAAUAAUUUGUUAAAAAUCCUAUUUUUAAGUUUUACUUAGCAAUGUAAAAGCUUAGUCUAAGUCACCAUUCUUAAAAAAUAUUGUGUUUUGCGCAUUUCAAAUAGUAGUAAGUGGUUUUUCAGUUAGCUUAAUGCAAAGAUCUGUUCAAAAUGUUUUACAUCUCUUUCCCAUAAACUUUUUUUAUUUUUACUUUGCGGUUUGUAAUUAACUACGAGACCAACACACUGUGCCUUAUUUGUUUUCAACACUAUGGCGAGGUACACUACCCUGAAAUUGGAUCUCUCUUUUUUUUAGACCAUUUAUUUUAGAAAGCAAUACUACGUGUAUUUUGAUAUCUCAAUAAAAUGUUUUUGUUGUAAA